CCCGUGGAAUUUCCAUUAGUGGAUUUCUGUCCCACCGUUGAAAUUUAGAACACCUGUUCCACCCCCUAAAAUCAAUUACACUCCCUCGUCUUGCCUUUUUCCCUGUGACACCGUCAAUUUCCUGGAAGCCUCGCUGUAGAGAUGAAUUUCAACCCAUCUCUGAAUUUAAUUCCUCACACACUCAUGCUUUCUCACCUGUGAUUUUCUCUCUCUUUCUCUUUCUGUGCUGUGGUCGGGAUAAAAAAUCAUGAAUGACACAGAGUGAAUGGAUAUAGGGUGUGUUUUGUAGUGAAUAUAUGGUUGAAAAAAUGGGGAGAAAUUGCAAGAGAAGUUCAUCGAGUAAAUUAUUGCCAUUUCCUCAGCCAUUUGCCAAGCUCUCAAGGCGAGUACAACCGGAUGGUGAUGGUGUUUCGAUGUGAUGUCUCGAUGGUGGUGGAUGGAAAGUGUGAGAAACAUGGCCGAGUGAUGGGAUGUUUUAAGAAAUUAAUGCUGCAAUAAUAGGAAAUAUCGCUGCUGCCAGGCCCGAAAUAAUUCAAAUCAACUCGUCGGCAGUGUGUGGCACGUCCUAAAGACGUGAUUAAUAUUAACGAGAAAGAGUCAUGUGCCCCAUCCAGAGCCUCGUCUCAUUGUGCUGAUAAGGCGCACGUCUUGGGAAAAUGUGCUUAUGGAGAAAAUGUGAAAGAACAUCACGGUGGAUUAUUAAUUAAAAUUAAGAAAUUAAAUUAGGGGACACUGCUUAAAGACAUCCACCGCCCCCUCGCGAGGUGUGCGCGUGUGUAUUUGGGAUAUUAUACCGUGUAUUGAAAUAGUGUUGGAGAAGCAGCGUCGCCAGCAGCCGCCUGGCUUGGGCGUCAGAGGCAUGAAAAGCUCCAAAAUGACCCUCCAAAGGACACUUACAGCCACCUUCAGUAUUACCUCAAUUAUAUGGAUAUGGCUCCUCAUCGUGGCGCGACUUCCGGCAGCGAGAGCAAAAAUUGGGUACUUCUGGCACAUAACCGAUCUGCACUUCGAUCCGGCGUAUUCGACAAGGGGUGACGUCCUCAGGAGUUGCUGGUACAGCGAGCACCACCAGGGAUCGUCGAGGAGUGUGCCGGGUCGCUUCGGUGAUUACAGCUGUGAUAGUCCAUGGAGUCUGCUGGAGUCGGCCACGCAGGCGAUGCGCUCCCGCCAGGGCGACAAUGUGGAAUUUGUCCUAUGGACAGGCGAUGGUUUGUCGCACUCGACGAGACGUUCCUUGGAAUCACAUCGUUUGGAUCUCUUGCGCAACAUUACAGAAUUGCUGGGGCGUACAUUUCCGUCUCAAUUCGUGUUUCCGGUGCUUGGCCAUGAGGACGGCCAGAGCGGAAAUUUCCAUCGUCUCGGAGAAUUGUGGAGACAUUGGUUGCCGCUGGAGGCACUCCAGACUUUCGAGAAAGGCGGCUACUACACCAUUGAGCAGACAAAGAGUCGCCUCAGGAUAAUCGUGCUCAACACCAAUUUCAUGCGACAUGAUCCCUUCAAGUUCACGCAGAGUCACUCGGCGGCCAGCAGACAGAGGCCGGGCAGCGGGGACUCAUCAGAGCAUACCAAUUACUACUAUCACCACGGGAAUUACUACCACGGAUCCAACAAUGGCUACUACGCGGCCGUGCCGGCGACGGAUGGCGGCCAGACCAGAGCACUUUCGGGAGCAGAGAGUCAUGAAUCACAGAGACAAUGGGAGUGGCUGGAAGCGGUGCUGGCCAAAUCCAACAGGAACAAAGAAACUGUCUACAUUGUGGGUCAUAUGCCACCGGGGUCGGACGAGAGACAAGUGGGAAAUGGCCCGAAUGGACAUUCGACCUUCACUGAGAAGAACAACAGCAAGUACCUUCGAUUAGUGAGGAAGUAUUCGUCGAUAAUUCAGGGGCAGUUCUUCGGGCACCUCCACUCGGACUCCUUCCGGAUCGUGUACAGUGACAUGGGAAAGCCUGUUUCAUGGAUAAUGAUUGCGCCGUCUGUGACGCCCAGGAAAAUGAAUGUUGGUGCCAAUAAUCCGGGGAUGAGACUCUACAAAUUCGAAACUGAUACAGGGCAGGUGCUGGACUAUACGCAGUACUAUCUAGAUCUGGAACAGGCCAAUGCUGCAAACGAGGCUUCCUGGCAAGCUGAGUACAAUUUGACCACACAGUACUACGGUCUGGCCGAGGUGACAUCCCUGGCUCUGCACAAUUUGGCCGACCGCUUCUCAAAUAACGAAGAUCCCCUACUUGCCAAAUACUACCGUGCAAAUUCCGUUCGCUACGUGUCGAAUCAGUGCGACGGAGCCUGUGCAUUGAAUCACUACUGUGCCAUAACGCGUCUGGAUUAUUCGGAAUUCCGCGAGUGCUUGGAUACUCCGGCCAGUGCCCUCAGCCGAGCCCAGACGGCUCAGCGAUCGCUCUUGGUGCUCCUGCUGUCACUUCUGCUGGCGCUCCGGCAGCGGCGCCCCCUGCAAGGGCUCCUCACCGCCCUGCAGCCCCACAGUGCCACCCACCGCGAGCCCACGCGACCCACCAAGUGCUUAGGGGUAGUUUUGUACAUAAUGUGGUGGGUGGCGAGGCGGAUGUGGGGGUGCCAACGAGACGAGGUCUCUACUUUAGGUAGUGUUUGUGAGGAUGUCUCCCGUGUUUGUGAUAAUUCCUCGACUGUGGCCAUGCCAUUGUCCUCCCCGCCCUCAUCCAGCCUCCCUCCACGCUCCACCUGUACCAACUGCACUUAGGUAAGUUCCAUGGACAUAACCACAGACUCAGCAUAGUCAUUAUUUGUCCUGUUCAUUUCAACAAAACGGAAGGCCUCAAGGGGUGUGCCACUGGGGUGUUUAAGGCUUCUUGUGCUCUAAUUUCCAAAAUUCCAUCGGAUGAAAAUCAGCUCUUCUAGCUUCUGGACAAGAGUGCUCCUCAGAGUGGCACACCUUUUGACCGAACCUCUAAACAGAGCGCAAACCGAAGAUCCUCGACUUCAGAGCAGAGAGAACUUUACAAAAAAAAAACAAAAUAUUCUUCUGUGUGUCACUUGAAUGAGUGCUUCUUUCGUAAAUUGUAUUAUUAUAUAAAUGUCUAAGAGAAAAAAGAGAAAAAAUUAUGUGCUGUGCUACUUAAAAAAAGAGAGAAGGAGAAAAAAUAAACUGAGCAUUGGAUGACGCAUUUUGAUAAAGGUGUGUUGUGUGAAGAUGAAGAUUGGAGCCACUUUUCUCAGCCUCGCUCCCUCUACAGAAGGAACAACUUUUUCCUCCUUCAGCGUUGAGGGUAAAGGUGGUCUCCCUAAGUAUAACUCAAUGUGUUUUGUCUUUUUCCACCCACACCCAAUUUCAUUCCGCGCCCCAAAUGUGGGUGAGGAAUUUCCAGGAAAAUAUGUGCUCAACAUUUUCUCAUCGGUUCCCCAUUUCUUGCGUUCUUUAAUGUGUACAUAAAUGUUGAUAAGAAUAAUUUUUAUAUUUGCAUAUACAAUGUAAGUGGAUAAAAGAGAUUUACAUUUAUAGGUGAAAAAAAUUGAGGGACUACUUGUGAGUAAUUGCAAGACAAAUUGAUAAAAUAAUUUUUUCGGUUAUACAUUAACUUUAUUGACUCUUUAUUAGAACAAUGGUGUCACCAAAAUAUGUAUUGAAAAUACAUAAACUGAGGAAUUGUUUUUUUUGUUUUUAUCGAUGAUGAAAUAAUGUUAUAAAAUUAUGGGAAUAACAAGUAGCAUAAAAGUCUAAGAUCAUAAAAAUUCACAGUAUAAAAUGAAGAAUCUUAACUGUCGUUAUAUGUAUAUAAAUAUUUAUUGAGUAUAUAUUCUAAAAGAGAGGAAAAAACGUGAAAUAAAAAAAAAUCUGAUGGAAUUUCUUAUCGAAAUAAAGAGACAGA